AUGGAACAAGGCUUCGAAAAAAGGCGAGUGUUGAGAAGAUCUUCUGCGCAGUUUUACGUGACGGCCGAGGAGCACAUAAAAAAUGAGAUGAAGCAUGAAAGACAUCUGACAGAGACUUCCCGUCUCACUUCAUCCUGGGCAAACCUCCGCCUCACGGGAACUGAUAAGCCAGAGUAUUCAGACUGUGGUUUUUCUUCUCCUGGAUCUUCGGGAAGUAGUCCUGUCGGUCACCGUCCGAAUUCCUUUAGCGGCCCUCUUGUGAUCUCUGUCACAUGUUCCAGCGGUGGUGGUAUUUCAAACACCAACGCUAGUGAAUCUAGAUCCUCGGUUGCGAUAGCUACGGCUCCUGGCAUUGUCUCCUUCUCUCGAUCAGCAUCGUGCUAUCCUUCGCCUGUGGCCUCGCCAGUUUCAUCACGUGUUCAGUGCUAUUCCCCCAGCAUCGGUCUCCCGUCUAGCUUUGCCGCUAAAAAGCGGACUGCAAGUGUAAGUAGUGGCAGCAGCGCGAGUCCACUGAUCUUUGGAAAAAAUCGCGGGAAGAAGCGUACCUAUAAAUGCCUGCGGAAUAAUGACAUGGUUUCUAGUGCUGAGGCUAGUCGUGAGAGUUCUCCUGAGUCUCCACGUACGUUCUGUAGAUCUGGGAAAAUUUUGAGAUCGUCAGAAGGUGCAGUCAACCACCAUAAUGUGCUUUCGCACCUCGGUUCACCACGAGAUUCUAGUCAAUGUACUCCUCCCGUAUCCACGCCCUCUUCGCCCAUUCUUCCUGUCCCUUUUUCCAUGCGGAUGGGGUGCAAUUGUCCUUCGACCACAAGUCUACCCUCCUUGGCACAUUCCACGUCAUCUGCGAUGCAAUCAUGUUUUCAUCGGUUGCCUGUUUUGCCCUCUCAGCCGCCGGAUUUCACUCCAAGCGAAUUAAAGCCUCGCUCUCCUUCCUCUCUUUCUUGUCCUGAAUCAGCAGUAGCCUGUCAGAUUGUGUCAAAGUGUCCAGAAGGCUCUAGCGAACGUGGGAAUGAAUGA